CUCGGAUUAAUGAAUUCGAGAAGAUUUAUAUACAAGUCUGUGUAGUGCACUCCUUUUUUCUUUCUCUCUUCAAUUCUUAAAUUGUAUACAUCUAAACUGUUUCUUAUAUAACAUGAAUUAUAGCUAUUUACCAUCGCCUCCUUUGUCGCCCUUUACAGAAUUAGGAAGCAAUAUUUCUUUUGAAAGCAUCAUUUCGGAUACAGAAGAAGCUAUACUAUGUGGUGGAUGUAAUAGAGAGUUGGGGAUGGAUUGGUUUUGUACAAAUUGUCAUAAAAAAUGCGGUUCUUGUAACAGAUUUAUGGGCCAAGAGGAUGAGUACUGUACUAGAUGCUGGAUAUACGACCCAGUACGCCAGCAAUAUUAUUGGAAACAGCAGUCAUCAUUCAUUCGGUAUUAUUAUCAAAGUACCAAUAAUAACAUAAAUCAUGGUCACGACAGUACAAUAGGCGGUUAUCAUUCUUAUCCUCAGAAUUUACAGCAACGGGAACUUGUUAGUGAUUAUUAUGAAAGAGAAGAAAGGGCAGCUGAUACAGUCAGCAACUUUACUGGGCUACCAUCUCCAUCUAAUUCAACUGGUUCAGAAACGAAUAAGUCUUCGAAUAAUAGCAGUACCAACCUUUCGCUUUUCCUUAACAAGAAGUAAUCACAACCGUUUCCUUGUCAUUAUAAAUCCUGUAACAUAUCUGUUAAAUUACUAGUAGGGUCAAUAGUAUAUUUGAUCUUUAUCUCUUAGACUUUUUUUUCUCUUUAUUCUGUAACUCUCCGUUUUGUUUUAAUAAACUAUAACAAUGCACCC